GUAGCAGCUUUCAGUUUCAUGUUUUUCUCUUUAUUUAAAGUUUUUUGGUUCUGGUUCUGUUCAGAACCGAGUCGCUGCUCAACGCGCUCCGAGCUGACGAGUUAAAUCCGCGGAACGGCUUCGAUAAGCGGCUUUAGGGCAGGAGCGAGCCCCGCAGCUAGUAGCUUUAGCUGGUCAGUUGACCAGGUUAGCGGCUAACUAGUUAACCAGCUGCUGUCCUCCUCACAGAGACUCCGGGCUGGAGAGCGGCGAGACCCGGUGACCUUCACGGACUGACGGCUGCACCGGACCGGCCAUGGCCCCUCACUAACAGCAGCAGAACCCUCGGUUCGGCUCGGCUCGGCUCGCCAUAAUCCGGCUUUCAGGUCCCGGUUCCCGCCCCGCUCGGAGGAAUGGCUCGCUGCCCGGUGGCGAACCUGCUGCGGUUCGGGACCAGGGUGGCCAGGAGCGGCUUCCUGCGGCCGCUGCACGCCGCGGCAGGUUGCUCCUCCACGGAACCAACAACUGGGUUCAAACCGGACAGGGUUGCCGUGGUGACCAAAACCACCCGGUACGAGUUCGAGCAGCAGCGGUACCGGUACGCCGGACUGUCUGAGGAGGACCUGAAGCAGCUGCUAGCAAUGAAGGGCUCCAGCUACAGCGGCCUGCUGGAGCGCCACAACAUUCACACCGGCAACGUGGAGCACGUCGUGCAGAGCCUGCAGAGCGCCGGCAUCCAGGUGCGGGUGGUGAGGAGAGGGGAGUACGACGACGAGGUGGUGCGGUGGGCCGACGCCAUCGUCUCUGCUGGAGGUGACGGGACGAUGCUGCUGGUGGCCAGUAAGGUUCUGAACAAGGACAAGCCGGUUGUUGGGGUGAACACCGACCCAGAGAGGUCAGAAGGUCACCUGUGUUUGCCGGUGCGAUACACCCACGCCUUCCCAGAGGCUCUGGAGCGGCUCUGCCGUGGUGAGUUCAGGUGGUUGUGGCGCCAGCGGCUCCGGCUGGACCUGGAGGGAACCGGGAUCAACCCGACCCCAGUGGACCUGCAUGAGCAGCAGCUGAGCCUGGAGCAGCACAACCGGGCCCACCGGAUCAGCACCGUGGAGCGGCAGCAGAGAGCGGGAGCGCUGCACCCGGCCUAUUCAAAGCCCAGCCUGCUGCCGGUGCGCAGCCUGAACGAGAUCUUCAUCGGGGAGUCUCUGUCCUCCAGGGCCCAGCUAAAAGUCUUCACUCCCCGUCUCUUCCUCCAUAGGGCGUCCUACUACGAGAUCUCGGUGGACGGCGGGCCCUGGGAGAAGCAGAAGAGCUCCGGGCUCAGCGUGUGCACCGGAACCGGGUCCAAGGCCUGGUCGUACAACAUCAACAAACUGGCUGAGCAGUCGGUGGAGGAGGUUCUACGAAUCGGAGCGUCUCAGGCUGGAGUUGAAUUCGCACUCAGCAGGGAGUUUGUAGGGAAAGUAACCGAUGACUACAACGCGUCCCUGGUGUUCGCCCCAGACGAGCCCCGCCUCUUCUUCAGCGUCAGGGAGCCAAUCAGCAACCGCGUUUUCUCCAGCAGCCGGCAGAGAGGCUUCGCCAGCAGGGUGUGCGUCCGCUCGCGGUGCUGGGACGCCUGCAUGGUGGUGGACGGCGGCACGUCCUUCGAGUUCAACGAUGGCGCCAUCGCCACGGUAACCGUAAACGAGGAGGACCGGCUGCGGACCGUCCUGCUGGACCAGUGAGGCCGGUCGGCAUGGAGACAGGAUCAAGAUUGACUCACUAAGCCCAUAAUGAAGUUCUGAUCCAGAAUAGAGAGCAGAGCUGCUGCACCAUGUGACCAGCUCUGCUCUGAUUGGCUCAAACCAAACGUCCAAUCACAGGACAAAGAUCUAAAACCCAUAAACACACUGGACCAGUUUACCCAGCAACUGAUGCAGACAUCCCAUAAUAAACCAUUUUUAUCUGUACUGCAUCGCCGCUGCCUCACAGAAUCUGCCUCUGGUUAUUUAACCCGACCCGUCAGAACCGGAUCCGAACCGGGGAAAGCAGCCAGAAGGAGAACCGGACGAGGAUUCACACCCAUUACGUUCUGAUCAGAGCUGAAAUGUUAACGCCUUCAUUCUAUUCAGAUUUACAGCGCAGCUACACCCGCUAGCUGACGCGCAGCUACACCCGCUAGCUGACGCGCAGCUACAUCCGCUAGCUAGCUGACGCGCAGCUACACCCGCUAGCUGACGCGCAGCUACAUCCGCUAGCUAGCUGACGCGCAGCUACAUCCGCUAGCUAGCUGACGCGCAGCUACAUCCGCUAGCUAGCUGACGCGCAGCUACAUCCGCUAGCUAGCUGACGCGCAGCUACAUCCGCUAGCUAGCUGACG